ACAAAAUGGCGGCUACAAGUGGGGCGGCAAAAGGGAAGGGACAAAUAUCACAAGAACAAAUUAUACAGCAGUUCAAUCAAAUGAGACAAGACUUAACUAGUAUGUUAACGAAAAUUCACGAGUUAGAGAUGGACCAGAACGAACACAGUGUUGUGAUUGAUGCUUUGAAGGGGGUGGACCCCACUAGAAAGUGUUUCAGAAUGAUUGGCGGUGUUCUUGUGGAGAGAACUGUGGGUGAUGUCUUACCAGCUUUGGAAAAUAAUCGAGUACAGAUGGGAACUCUUGUAGAACGUCUAAAGCAAAAUAUGACAUCUAAAGAACAGGAAUUUAACAACUUCAAGGAGAAAUAUAACAUUAGAUUGAAGGGAGAAAAAGACAGUAAUCCUGAAAACAAUAGUCAAAAUACUGAUAAAUCUUCUGGUGUAUUAGUAGCUCAUGACAAGGCAUAGAUUGAACAGUGCUAUCAUAUUUUUAGUGUUUGAAUGCUUGGUGUAGUGAAAAUGAAUAAGGUCUUGAUGUAUAUAUAUAUCAAGUCUCCAUAUUCAAUGUUUUUUAUUUCAACAAUAUCAUAUAGUCAAGUUUGUCUUUCCUGUUUAGUAUAAUACAGAAGAUAUUUAAUAUGUAACCUUGUAUAGGAGCAUUGAAGAAAAAUAAAUGAAUUCACUGUACAUUUUUCACUCUUAAAAA